CGUAGGCGGGCCCCAGCAACCGCCGAGCAGCGGUGGCCAAUUGACAGCGGAGCUAUCAAACAGACAAAUGCCUUGACCAAUGGUAGUAGAAAGGCGGGCAUGUGCAUGAUUGGCGGCUAGAUUUCUCCAUUGAAAACUGGGGGCGUGGGUGGGCGGAGCCGGAAGUAGAGCCAGACGAGAGGCCCCAGUCCACCAGGGGCGGAGAGAAGGGGGAGGGAACUAGAGGAGGAGGAGGUUAGCCGAGGCUGCUACAGCGGCGGCGGCGGCGGCGCAGGGGCUGGUACGCGCUGGGCGGCGAGAGCCUCAUGGCGGAGGAAGAGAGCGAUCAAGAGGCCGAACGCCUCGGAGAAGAGCUCGUGGCCAUUGUGGAGUCCCCGCCAGGCCCUGCGGGGCUUGGAGUUGCGGGCGACGGCAACGACGGCACUGGCGGCAGCAGCUGCGGUGGCGGCGUCGUCGGGAUCAGCAGUCGGGAUUACUGCCGACGCUUCUGUCAGGUGGUUGAAGAUUAUGCUGGAAGAUGGCAAGUCCCUUUGCCGCAACUUCAAGUUCUUCAGACUGCACUUUCCUGUUUUACAUCAGCCAGUGCAUCAUUCCCAGAUGAAUGUGAGCACGUACAAUAUGUGUUAAGUAGCCUUGCCUUGAGUUUCUUUGAGUUGCUGCUUUUUUUUGGAAGAGAUGAGUUUUAUGAAGAGCCCUUAAAGGAUAUUCUUGGAUCAUUCCAGGAAUGCCAGAAUCACCUCCGCAGAUAUGGAAAUGUGAAUCUGGAACUGGUGACUCGAAUCAUUAGAGAUGGUGGCCCAUGGGAAGAUCCAGUGUUGCAAGCUGUUCUUAAAGCCCAGCCAGCAUCUCAGGAGAUAGUGAACAAAUACUUAAGUUCGGAAAAUCCACUAUUCUUUGAACUACGUGCCAGAUACCUAAUUGCUUGUGAACGCAUACCCGAAGCAAUGGCUCUUAUUAAAUCUUGUAUAAAUCACCCAGAAAUCAGCAAAGACUUGUAUUUCCAUCAAGCACUCUUCACAUGUCUAUUUAUGUCACCUGUAGAAGAACAGCUAUUCCGGGAGCAUUUAUUGAAAACUGAUUGUAAGAGUGGAAUUGAUAUCAUCUGUAACACUGAAAAAGAAGGCAAGACUAUGUUAGCCUUACAACUCUGUGAAUCUUUUCUUAUUUCACAGCUCCAGAAUGGGGAUAUGUAUUGUAUCUGGGAGUUGAUUUUCAUAUGGAGUAAACUUCAGCUUAAGUCUAAUCCUUCAAAACAAGUUUUUGUAGAUCAAUGCUACCAGCUUUUAAGAACAGCAACUAAUGUGAGAGUCAUAUUUCCUUUCAUGAAAAUCAUUAAAGAUGAGGUUGAAGAAGAAGGCUUACAAAUUUGUGUUGAAAUAUGUGGUUGUGCUCUACAACUAGACCUUCAUGAUGAUCCCAAAACUAAGUGUCUAAUUUAUAAAACAAUUGCACAUUUCUUGCCAAAUGAUUUGGAGAUCCUCAGGAUUUGUGCACUCUCAAUAUUUUUUCUUGAGCGCUCCUUGGAAGCUUAUCACACUGUUGAAGAGCUUUACAAAUGUCCAGAUGAAGAAUAUAAUGAAGGCACCAGUAGUGUUCAAAAUCGUGUUCGUUUUGAAUUACUUCCAAUUUUGAAAAAGGGAUUGUUUUUUGAUCCUGAAUUCUGGAACUUCGUAAUGAUUAAGAAAAACUGUGUAGCAUUACUGAGUGAUAAAUCAGCAAUCAAAUUUCUAAAUGAAAAUACACUGGAAAAUUCUAUAGGUAAUCUAAAAAAGACAUUGGAACAGAAAGGUUUAGAUGAAGGUGUUGACUCUUUUACAGAUCAGAGCACUGGAGAGCUUGAUCCUGAUGAUAUAUCUGGAGUACAACCUAAAGGCCAUGUUAACACAAAGAAAAACCUUACUGCUCUUAACACUUCUAAAGUAGACCACAGUGUCCCAAGGCAUCGGUGUAUGUUAUGUAAUAAGGAAUUUCUAGGCGGUCACAUUGUAAGGCAUGCCCAGGCUCAUCAGAAAAAGGGCAGUUUUUCCUGUGUUAUAUGUGGUAGGAAAUUUAGAAACAGAGGACUUAUGCAGAAGCAUUUAAAAAAUCAUGUUAAAAAAAUACAAAGACAUCAAAUUACUGUAGCUCAACAGGAGGAUCAGGAAACUCCUGCUUUGGAAGAAAUAAACUUUUCCAAUUCUUCAAUUUCAUUUGAAAACGGAGAUUUCGAUAAUAAAGAUUUGGAAAUACCGACUAUUAAUACUUCCAAUGAUGGAAACGAAGCAGUCAUCCCUGAGCAUGUGGCUGAAUUCACUGAAAUUCCCAUAAGUGUAUCAGAAGAUGUCAUUGAAAACAUUGAAAAUGGCAGUCCUGACACUUAUAUAAAUAAUGUAUUGGAACCUUUAACUGUAUGUGAGGAUGAUUACGAGGAGGAAGAGGAUGAAGAAGGUGAUUAUGAAGAAGAUGAUUAUGACCUGAAUCAAGAAACUCCAGCACUUCAUAAAAUUAAUGGAACUUUGUGCCAUCCAAAAGACAUAUAUGAUAUAGAUCAAAAAGGAAACUUUAAGUGCCCUGCUCUUGGUUGUGUUAGGAUAUUUAAAAGAAUUGGAUUUCUCAAUAAACAUGCAAGGACUGCACAUCCAACUGACUUAAAUGUGCGGCAAACGGUAAUGAAGUGGAGCAAAGGAAAAUGCAAAUUUUGUCAAAGGCAGUUUGAAGAUUCUCAGCAUUUUAUAGAUCACCUUAAUAGACACAGCUAUCCAAAUGUGUACUUUUGUUUGCAUUUUAAUUGCAAUGAGUCGUUUAAGCUGCCAUUCCAGCUUGCUCAGCACACAAAAAGUCACAGGAUAUUUCAGGCCCAGUGUAGUUUUCCAGAAUGCCAUGAACUUUUUGAAGAUCUUCCUCUGUUAUAUGAACAUGAAGCUCAGCACUAUUUAAGUAAAACACCGGAAUCAUCUGCACAACCAAGAGAAGCAAUUGCUUGGGAUGUUCUUACAGACUCAAAUAACAGUUAUCAGGAAAAAGACUCAUCUAGUAAUGAGAAACAAGCUAUUAGCCUGCCAGUUUGUACUAGCAAAUCAAGGAAAGAUUCUACAGAACCAAAGACAUGUAUAGACAGUAUGGAAAAGAAGACAGACAGUUUAGUUCAGAAUGGAAAUGAACAUUCUGAUGACACUGUUUCUGAUAUAAGCUUGACAGACCAAAAGAUGCCUGACCUAGAGCCAAAUUCUGAAAAUAAUUGUAGUAUUAUUGAUUUAGUCAAUGGACACGGUGGAAUAGAACAGACAUCUUUAGUUUCAUCAGGUUCUGCUUUGAAAAUUGAUACAAAUAGAAUCAGAACAGAAAAUGGUUCCAUUUUACCCAAUGUUGUAUCACAAGAACACAGUACCCUGCCAGUAUCUCAGGCACCAUCCAAACCAAAUAUGAUGAGCGAACAUACUUCAUAUGGCUUAAUUUUAUCAAAGCCAUAUGUCAGACCAUUGCCUCCCAGUUACCUUGAUGAACGGUACCUUAGUAUGCCAAAACGCAGAAAAUUUCUGACUGAUAGAAUAGAUGCCUGUUCUGAUCAAGAUAACAUUUGUAAAAAAUCAGUGAAAAGAUUAAGAUGUGGCAAAUGCCUGACCACCUACUGUAAUGCAGAAGCACUUGAGGCUCACCGUGCACAAAAGAAAUGUCAGGCACUCUUUGGAUUUGAUUCAGAUGAUGAAAGUGCCUGAUAAAAAUGUAUCAGAAAGAUCUGUCGAUCAAGCAGUAGUGUGAAAAAAGCACUACAAGAAAAUGCAUCAUCAGUUUGCUAUUUCCCUGACGGCCUUAAUUUUAGAGUGGUCUAGGAUUAGUUAAAGACAAAGCACAUUGUCUAGAAUGAACUCACAGAGAUGUGCUAGUUCAGAUUCCAAAAGGGUUAUUACAAAACUCCCAAAGUACCAGUUAUCCAGAAAACCACAUUUAAAAAAAAAGUUCAUGAGAUUAAUAGCAGCACGUUCAGUUUCGCUUAAGUGAGAAACUUGUUCAGGCAACUAGUCAGAAAGAGAAACCAGCUAUGGCCUUACAGAAAGGGAGUUAACCCAUUUAAAAAGGGGGAGGGGUUGGUUUACAAUAAACAACUUAAAGUAUUCUACAAAUGGGAUGGUUUACUUGUCAUGUAUAAUCAGAUUUUGACCUCCCUUCUGACCAAACAUGGCUUAAGGAAUCACUACUAGGUUUAUUAUAAUUUAGAAACUGAUACAUGAAAAUAAAACUUGAUUUAUCACUGUUCUAUCCAUAAAAGAUUGUAACUUGUUUCCAGAUGAUUGAAUAGACAGGUCAAAGUUCAAUGUAUGGCAUGCCAGUAUUUAAAACUAAAAAAACAAAAGACAAAACAGUGCUUUGCUGGAACCUUCCACUUUCCAUUUUUGUGAUACCAAUGAAUUAUAAAGGCAGCAGUGUCAAUUAAAUAGAAAAAGUACCAUUGGUAACUUUGGGGAUAGAUGGGAGGAAUUUUAAGACCAUUAAAGGCUAUCUAGUUGGUGGAAAACACUGAAUUGCAAAUUCCUCAAUGUGAAUAAUGGUAUAAGCACACUGGGAUAUUUCUAUUUGUAUAUAGAGUAGUGUUGGGACAUUGCUUGAUGAUUCAUAGUAAGGUCCUUUAGACAUUAAUGUGAGUUAUCUAAGUACAGUCCUAUAAAAACUGGCUGUAAAAAAUAUGUAAGCUAAGAAUCAGGUCAAGAACUCAUUGGUUUUAUUCAUUUAGAAUAGUUAGUUAUAAAAUAAGCCAUACUACUCAUGCUUUCUUAUUUAUUAGUGAUAGAUUUGGUCUGAUUGAUGAUUUUUAUAUAUAUAUGAAAGGAAAUAUUUACAUAAAAAUUUGCACAGCAAGAACACAGUAAGAUAUAUUGAUGCAUUUAUUUUCCUUGAUGACCAGUAAUUUUCCUAAGGAAGAUUUUAACUUAAUAAAUUAAUACAAAAAAUGUUUUUAAAAAUACCCUCUCAGAUGUGUUCUACUUGUACAUUCUCUAAAAGAGGAAGGCUAAAGACCUUUUAUCUAAUAAUGUGUUAAUCUAUAGCAGGGAUAAAAUGAAAAAUGCAAAGGCAAAUUCUUCAAAAACUGGGCUAGUAAUGUACCAAUGUCAACCAAAUAAAUAUUCCAGUAUUCCAACUGACACAUUUUUGUUCAAAGCAGAUAAUCUGAUCAGAGCCUACUAUAUCCAUAUAUUUUGAAUAUUAAACUUUGGCAUAUUAAAGUUUCUUGAAUGAAGUUACCAAGCAAGUGGAACAUUUCUUCCAGGGCAUCAUCUAGACCAGUGAUGGCGAACCUAUGACACGAGUGUCAGAGGUGACAUGCGAACUCAUUUUUUU